GUCCCACAUCACGUGAUAGCUACAUGGCUUGGCGCAGGCAGAUGCGAGUGACGCGAUGCCCGCCAAUGGCUACUAGCAAAUAGUACAAUAGCUCCAAAGCUCUAAGCAGCAUCAGCCAUCGCAUCUACUGCCCACCCCCCAACCUAUCUCUCACGUUGUCCGACCCAUCAACGUCCUUAACAGGCUCUCUCUUCUGGAAUAUUCGUCUGGACUCGCCUGGUACCCUGCAAACUGAUAGCUAGUCAGGCACUGUCUUGAAGAACCGUUUGCUCACUGUUCGGUCUUCGUUUCAACUAUUCAGCAACCCGUAUCUAGCAACCAUGACUUCAAUCGGCACAGGCUAUGAUUUGUCCAAUUCAGUGUUCUCCCCUGACGGCAGGAACUUUCAGGUUGAAUACGCUGUCAAAGCUGUUGAGAAUGGAGGAACUGCGAUUGGCAUCAGAUGCAAGGAUGGCGUCGUUCUAGCUGUGGAGAAGCUGAUUACGAGCAAGCUAUUGAAGCCCGGUGCAAACAAGAGAAUAGCGAGCGUCGACCGGAAUUUUGGCAUUGUAACGGCUGGCCUUGUUCCUGAUGGUCGACAUUUUGUCUCGAGAGCCAGGGAUGAAGCUGCGUCUUGGCGAAGAACCUACAAAGGCCCAAUUCCGACAUCUGCUUUGGCUAAUAGGCUGGGUGGCUAUGUUCAAGCUUACACACUAUAUUCCAGUGUACGCCCAUUCGGCGUCACAUCCAUAGUUGGUGGCUGGGAUCUGGAGUCUGAGUUGUCGGUGGAUGGCCAAGUCGGUACAGGACCCAGCGUCGGCGCUGGUGGGAAAGCCGAGGGAGUCAAGGCGGGUGGCCCGGGACUUUACAUGAUCGAACCAAGUGGCCUCUACUGGGGAUAUUAUGGUGCAGCGACUGGCAAAGGUAGGCAAGCAGCUAAGGCCGAGCUAGAGAAGUUGGAUUUGAGCUCCGGAAAUCUGAGCCUUCACGAUGGCGUUAAGGAAGCUGCUCGAAUUAUCUACGUUGCACACGAGGAUAGCAAAGAUAAGGAAUUCGAGCUCGAGAUGACGUGGAUUAGCUCGCUUGAUGGCCCAACCAAAGGAAGACAUGAAGAAGUUCCUAAAGACCUAUUGGAGGAAGCUGAAAAGGCAGCCAAGGCGGCAUUAGAAGGCGAAGAUGAAGACGAGGAAGAUGGCCCAAAGGAUGAAGAGCGUAUGGAAGAGUGAUUAGAAG